UCGUGGAAUGGGGCGACAAGAAAGAAAAAAAAAAAAAAUUAACUUUGGUAGGACUUUGCGUGGUCAAGUCUUGUUGUUGUUUCUCAGUUUUCAGCUCCCUCUAAAUUCUAAUGCCCAGUAGUGCGUCUGACCCUGAGAUCCUAGAAAAGAGACUCAUUUCCUCCCAAAGUUUCUAUUUAUAUCUACCAAAUUCAGUCAAAUUGGAGGGAGGGAGGGAGCCGAAAUUGAAGGGAGGGCUUUGAUUUUUGUCGGGAGCGUAGAUCUGGAUAAAUGACAAAUGUAUCAGCCAAAGGGUGUUCAUAGUUCAAGCUUAGUCCAAAACAACUCUUUAGUUCAUGGUCAGCAUUUAGAUUGUGUUGCCAGCACGAUGGACCCAAAUGGAGGGAACAAUCUGAACAACUCUAGUCUUGCCUCGAAGCAACGGUUGCGUUGGACACAUGAGCUUCAUGAACGUUUUGUUGAUGCUGUGGCACAACUUGGUGGGCCAGACAGGGCAACACCCAAAGGCGUCCUCAGAGUAAUGGGUGUUCAAGGUCUGACAAUAUACCAUGUCAAAAGCCAUUUACAGAAAUACCGACUUGCAAAAUACCUCCCUGACUCCUCUUCUGAUGGGAAAAAAGCUGAUAAGAAAGAAACCGGAGAUAUGCUUUCAAAUUUGGAUGGUUCAUCUGGGAUGCAAAUUACUGAAGCCCUCAAGCUGCAGAUGGAGGUGCAGAAACGACUUCAUGAGCAAUUAGAGGUUCAGAGACAGCUGCAGUUGCGGAUAGAGGCCCAGGGCAAGUAUUUGAAGAAGAUAAUAGAGGAGCAACAACGACUUAGUGGAGUUCUUUCAGAGACAUCUGGUUCUGGGGCCCCAGGUCCAGUAUCAGGUGACAAUUGCCCUGAUUCCGACAACAAGACUGACCCGGCAACUCCUGCCCCAACCUCUGAGGCCCCCCUUCAAGACAAGGCUGCCAAGGAACGUGCCCCAGCCAGCCUUUCCAUUGAUGAAUCCUUCUCAUCUCACCAUGAACCCUUGACUCCAGAUUCUGGGUGCCAUGUCGGUUCCCCAACAGAGAGUCCCAGAGGUGAAAGGUCAAUGAAGAAGCAAAGACUCAUUAUGGGCGGAGCUUACUCUAAACCAGAAAUGGUGCUUCCUCAUCAGAUACUUGAGUCAAGCUUAAGCUCCUCUUACCAGCAGCAAGCGCACACCAUUUUCCUGUCUAGAGAGCAGUUUGAACCUUCAUCAGGAAUAUCAAUUGGGAAUGAAGAUCACAUGGAAAAGGUUGCAGGCAGUGAUCUGUGAUUCUGCGCUGGCCAUACCAUUUUACCUUGUACCUGUAGUUUCUUCGGGAGGAUAUAACUCCAAUUAGGUCAAAAAAUUCUUAUCAUAAAUGUUCUGGGAUGACCAAGUUUCAGCGUUAAAACACUUCCCUGAGAUAUAUGAUGUUUUAUUAAAUUUAGAUAAUUGUUGUGAGCA